CAACAAUUUUCUGUCGUGGAAAAUUGUUUUGAUUUUGAAUUUUAAGUUUUCCUGCGAUACAAGAAAAGCGAGCUGACAUUGACGUCACGAAAAUUCUAAUCAGUUGCCGAGCUCAGUAUUUUCGUAAAAGUACAAAUUUCCUGAAGUUAAUCACCAGCACACACACACACACACACACACACACACACAGAUACACACAGUGCCCUUGGGCAAUAAAAUAAUUAGAAUUACAAUAAAAUAGGCAAAUCGCGAAAUCCUCGAGAAAAAAAAUCAAGCCAAGGCAUAUGUAUACAAUUGAGCGCAAUUAUUGUUAAUAACAAAGCAAAUCAAUAGUAGCAUAUAUACAUAUAUAUAUAUAUACAGAGUAUAUUUAAUAUAUAUAUGCUAAGAAGAUCGCUUGAAGUCUUGAAGCAUCAACGCAUUGCUGAUUAAGCACAUACAUAUACCCUGCAAUUGAGGCACAGCAGUUAUUACAAGAGAAAUCUUAUCAGCAACAACUUCGAAACAAAAAGUUUUAUUGCCACGAGUAACGGGUCGAGCAGUUGGCCGCGUGGCAGUUGGCCACAACGGGGCUUAGCAACAUAUUCGGCAAGUGGGUCAGUCUUGGAUGCGAAAUAUCAAGAGUUGCCAUUACAUUAUGCGCAUAAAAAUGCAACAGCCAACAACAACAGCAACAGCAACGGCAACAACAAGACAAACAACAACAGCAACAAUAAGACGUGUCAGCAACAACAGCAGCAAUUACAACAACAAAAUGUUUCAUAUGUUGGUAUUGGCGCUGCUGCUGUUGCAGCUCAUGAGCGGGCAAAUCGAUCCGGUGGAUGGCCUCAAAGUAACGGCCACUCUCAUAACGAAUCACAACUAUCCCGUGGAGGAGCACACCGUACACACGCCUGAUGACUAUAUUCUCACUAUUUAUCGGAUACCCACCUCCCCCAAGAGGCAGCAGCUCAAUGAGACACAGCAGAAGCCUGUGGUAUUUUUGCAGCAUGGCAUUUUGUGCGCCUCGGAUGAUUGGAUCAUCAAUGGGCCGGAGACAUCGCUGGCCUACAUGUUCGCCGAUGCCGGAUACGAUGUGUGGCUGGGCAAUGCGCGCGGCAAUACGUACUCGCGACAGCAUAAGCACAUACAUCCGGAUACAUCGGAUUUCUGGAAGUUCAGCUGGCAUGAGAUUGGCGUCUAUGAUCUGGCUGCCAUGCUGGACUAUGCCCUGGACGUGAGCAACAGCACAUCGCUGCACUUUGUGGCACAUUCGCAGGGCACGACCACAUACUUUGUGCUGAUGUCCUCGCUGCCUUGGUACAAUGAUAAGGUGCGCUCAGUGCAUUUGCUGGCGCCGAUUGCGUACAUGCGCAAUCAUUCGUUCAUUCUGUCCAAGCUGGGCGGCAUAUUUUUGGGCUCACCCUCGUUCCUAAGCUGGGUAUUGGGCAACAUGGAAUUGUUGCCCAUUACUAGCAUACAGAAGAUAAUGUGUGAGCACGUCUGCUCGGUGGGCUCAAUGCUGAAGUUUUUGUGCUCCGGACUGCUGGACUUUAUUGGCGGCUGGGGCACCAGACAUCUAAAUCAUACCCUAUUGACAGACGUUUGUGAGACCCAUCCGGCUGGCGCUUCCACCACACAAAUUAUACACUAUCUACAGCUAUACACAUCGGGAGAUUUUCGACAAUACGACCAUGGCAAGGAAAAGAACGAGAUUAUCUAUCGACAGGCCGAGCCGCCGUCAUAUAAUGUUCAAAAUAUCAAUAGCUGUGUCAAUAUGUACUACAGCGAUAAUGACUAUAUGUCCGCUGUGGAGGAUGUUGAAUAUUUGGCCACAUUGCUUCCGUGCGCAGAUCUCUAUAGGGUGCCCUACAAAGACUGGAAUCAUUAUGACUUUCUGUGGUCUGUCAAUGUCAAAGAAGUGAUAAAUAAUAGAAUAAUUGAUAAAAUGCACAGUUAUGACAUCGAGCACGACACGGGCAUGAGUUUCUAACUGAUAUAUAUAUAUAUAUAUAUAUAAGUGAGCGGUCCCAAGUAUAAAAAAAAAAAAAAAAAAAACAAAACAAAAAAAAGCUUAGCCAAAUCAAAGAAGGGUACUCAGAAUGUAAAUACGUGUAAAUAAUAUGGUUAGAUAUGAGCAUGUGCGUGAUAUUUAUGGUAAUAUUAUUGUUUAAGUUGCAAAAGGUUUGUGAAAUGCUUCUAGUAAAAUUAAUAUAGUUCUUAGUACGCUAUAAAAUAUACGAUACAUCAUUGUUUUU